UUUCAGCGAGGGGAAGAAGAGGAAGCAAAUUAUGGGAGACAGAGUGUAGCUGCAGCAAAGGAAAAAAGGGAAAAGGAGAUUGUUUCAACUCCUCAGAAGACGCUUUGUGUACUGAACACAUACAUGACACACACCUUGUGUGAAAGCUUCAGUGAGACCUGCUCCUGUCUAAGAUAUUUAAUGAGCGUAAAGCCCUGGCAGGAAUAAUCAGAGCUCCCAGACCAAAGUCAGCCUCCUGGGAAUCAAAGCAGCCCGGCUGCUCACAGUGUCAGACAUGCAGCUGCUUACUUUGAUCGGUGGGUUUCUUCUCCUGCUCUACAUCUCCUCUGGCAGCACAGAAACGUACAGACACUUCCGACAAGUCCUUGCUGGAAACCAGCCAGGUGUGUGUCGUUAUGGAAGGAGACUGGAGUGCUGCUACGGCUGGAAGAAAAACAGUAAAGGGCAAUGCGAGGCUCAGUGUGAGCACGGCUGCAAGCACGGAGAGUGUGUUGGCCUCAACAAAUGCAAGUGUUUCCCUGGAUACACCGGAAAGACGUGCAAUCAAGAUCUCAACGAGUGUGGCCUGAAACCUCGUCCUUGUGAGCAUCGCUGCAUGAACACCCAUGGMAGUUACAAAUGCUACUGCCUGAAUGGAUACAUGCUAAUGGCUGAUGGCUCUUGUGCCAAUUCCAGGACCUGCUCACUGGCUCACUGUCAGUACGGCUGUGAGGAAGUGGAGGGGGAGAUCCGCUGCCUCUGCCCAUCUGCAGGCCUUCAACUCGGACAAGAUGAAAGAAGAUGUGUAGAUAUUGAUGAAUGCAUAACUGGAAAGAACCUCUGCCCUUACAACAGACAAUGUGUCAACACCUUUGGCAGCUACUACUGCAAGUGCCAGGACGGCUACGACCUGAAAUAUGUCAGCGGCAAAUAUGACUGCGUAGAUGUUGACGAGUGCGCAGCUGAAACCCACAAGUGCAGCCACCACGCCGUGUGUCUGAACACUCACGGAGCCUACAAGUGCAAGUGCAAGUCCGGCUUCAGAGGCAACGGCUUUGAGUGCUCUGUCAAACCAUUUUAUGAGAAAUGGUGGGGUGGAGACAAAGGCAGUGCAGAUGAUUUCAUCAAUGCCAUCCCGGACUCCCAGCUGAGGCCUGAGAUUCUGGGAGGUAGGCCUAACAAAGAGGACAUCAAAAACAUCAUCCCCGAAACGGUCGCGACGCCACCGCCUCUUCUGGUCCGCCAUCAACCUUUCGACUACGAUGAAGAGAUCUAUGUCGGCUCCCAGACGGAGGAAAGGAAAGAGAAAUUUCCUGGGCAGGAAGAGGAGGAGGAGGAGGAGGAAGAGGAAGAAAACCAGCUCAAUCCAAGAGGAGAUGUUUUCAAGGACUUUGAGUCCAUGGUUGGCCCAGCCACAGAAAUCAAAGAAAUCCACAUUGAAUCACCUCAGACAGAAUAUUUCAUGGACUGCAACUUUGAUCAAGGAGCAUGUGAAUGGGUUCAGGACAGAGGUGAUGACAUGGACUGGGUCGUGGCAUAUCAUGAUAAAGGUGCUGAGUAUUACAUGGCAUUGAGUGGGUUGCUUGGGGAGCAAGAAGAUGUGGCCAAGCUGAAGCUGCUUCUCAGUGACCAACCCCAGCAGGGCAGCUUCUGUCUCACCUUUGACUACCGUGUGCUGGGCCACGACGUGGGCUCGCUCCGGGUGCUGCUGGACAACAACGCUUAUCCAGUGUGGGAGCAGAACCAAAGCAAAGAGCAGAGCUGGCAGACAGAACUCCUCACCGUGGCCUGGAAGCACGAAGCACCRCAAUCUAUUAUCUUUGAAGCUCAGCGUGGGAAGGGCGUUGGAGGCGAGAUAGGGCUGGACAAUGUUGUGUUGACCUCGGGGGCUUGUCAAGAGGAUGCAGGUCCAGUCUUUUAGGAAUCUUCAACUUGGAUCAAAACCUAUUAAGGAUUCCUCUACUCUAAUAACCACAACAAUCAAAGGCAAAGAAAUAUCUACAAUGGGUGCAUGCAAGUUUACUUUCACACCGUGCUGCUGUGUCAGUCCACCCUGCUGUGUUCUAUAUUUAGAAUUUGUAGUGAGUCUUUUAAAAUACAGAUAACUCAGGAACAGGUGGAAGAGCUAACUCUGUUAGAUGGGUUCGACAGUAUUGUGCUGAAGUAAACCAAAGAAAUAUCAAUGCAAUGUAAUGUGAAUUUCUAUGGGGAAAUAUAUCUCAUGUCAUAAAUGAGUAAAGUUAUUGAAGGCUGUUUUGUUCAAGUGCUAAAAUGUAUCAGUGCAUGUUGCGAAAUUUGUACUGAGAUGAUGCUGAAUUGUUGUAUUAAACCAUUUUUUUUUGUAAACAUUGUCUAUUUUUUCUAUACAAUGCAGACUUGUGAUACAAGUGCUACUUUAUACAACUUGUUUUGUGGACAUUAUGAUACAAGGAUGUUAAAGAUGCAGCUGCCAGAAAAAACAAUAGAAAAAGGCCAAAGAGGAGAUUAUGGAUGCCGUUAGAGAGUGAGGACAGAGGAUGCAGAGGACAGAGCGAGAGGGAGGAGGAUGACUGUGUGGCGACCCCUGAAGAAGAAAAAGAAGAAAACUGUAACCUAACUUUAUAAAAGAAGCUUCAUUUCACAAAUGCAAAUGAUUAAAAUAAGUUUUAACAA